AUGCCUCAAUUAGGACGAUGUACUGAUGAGACGUGUACCAAUGAAACAAAGCAAUUGUACGAAUGUCACUGUUGUAUUCGUUUCAUUUGUCUACCUCAUUUGAUCGAACACGAUGAAAAAGCAACAGUUAACAAACAACAAUUACAAACAUGUAUCAUUCAAUUGACAUCUGUCUUAUCUACAUUCGAAAUGAUAAUCGAAGAACAUAUGCGUGUAAUUGAACAACAUAAAACACUAUUGGAACAAGGAAAGGCUGCACUUGCAACUACGUCUUCUGCUAAUGAAAUGCAGAAUAUUCUUGAUCAAGUACAGACAACUAUUGCAGCAAAUCAAAACAAUGAAGUGAUAGUUAAAGUAGAAUCAGCACUGAUGGAAAACUAUUCAGUUGUCGCCAAGAAUAAUUCAUGUCAAUAUUUAUCAAUUGAUUCAACGUAUGAAAAUUGUGAAAAAACAUUUUUAGAUGAGUCGACACAGUGUAAUGCUCAACAAGAAUUACAUCGACCAGUAAAUAAUACAAAGGAUGAAACCAACGAUGAAAUGAAACACAUACCAAACUCAACGGUAAUUCAUUAUCGUGGAUUAUGUCCAUUGACAUUUGAUGGUGCAUUUGGUCUAACCAAAGCAAAACAUUUAAUUCGUCUAUGCAACAGUCAAACGAUUAGCCAAAGGAUAUUGUAUUCUCAUUUUGUACAUAUACAUUCUAUUGAAGCUAAUUAUGCUAAACGUUUAAUCAAGGCUAUUCAACAAGGUCAAGAUCCAAAGAUAACAAAAUUGUUUAGUGAUGAUGAAGACAUUUUCAAUAAAAAUGAUAAAUUGUAA